AGUGCCCAUCUUGGAAACACGGAGGCCCACUGAAGGAUGCAGCCAAGCCUUGUGACGCAAAGCCCUCUUAGUCCAUCUCCACGUGCUGGUCACGCCAUGCAGUGCUACCAGCCAGGCAGUUCAUUGCCUUUUCCAGGACAAAGUGCCAGAACCUACUUCGGAGGGAUGAAGGGGAUGCACCCGUAUGCGUCACAGCUUUUGGAUGAGCUCGCUGCUCACUACGUAAGGAGAGAAUGCUAUAGUGUUGUGCUUCCAGGAUACUCUCCAGGAGGCUUUUAUGGGCAUGGUGCUCAGAACUCCCUGGAGAAGCGGCGCGGCAACAUCCCACCACCAGAACCUCGUUCCUCGGCAAGGGACUCCAGUGUGUUUCCACGAACGGGUGGAUGAUGUGGAUCGAAGAAGGUGGUGAAUUCGUGAACCUUUCGCUGUGCGGACCGCCUCACAAGACACUUGCUUGGGCUCCGAACAAUGGUGGUCAGCAUCACCGGGAAAUGCGGCCAGACUGGGGGGCUGUCGUCGGGCAAGGGUCCUCCAAGGUUCUUUGACCUGUCAAGGAGACUUAAGAGACAGACAAUUGGCAAAUUGGCAAACAGACUGUUGCCCUCAAGGGUGUUUGAGAUGACAAGAGACACGGUGCUGGCUGGUUGCUCCCCUUCUGAGUCAACUUGAUCAGAAGUAUUGAAGUUUGACAUGCUUGAGCAUGCUUGAGCCACUUGACAGGAGCAUAGUAGCCAACCCCGAAUUGGUGUCAGGCUUGAGUAGCGGAGUUCUUUUGCAAUUGUGAGGCAGCCGAGGAGUCAGAACUUCAGAACUCACAGCACCGGGUGAUCUUUGCCAGGAACGCGUAAGCAACGUUCGAGCUGCUGCUGAGGGUGCCGCAUCUGCUGAUUUGGAGGGAGCCGGGUGGAACCGGGUGGAGCCGGGUGAGCGGAAGUGCAGUGAUGCAGAGAGUGUGCGUUUUUCUUCAUCAUAUGUUUCCCGAAAUGUAUUUCAGCAUUCCGUUUUUGACAAUGAAGGGAUGCACGAUGAUGCAAGGACUGUAGAUGCAUGCAGAAUGGAGCAACACCUUUCUCAAAAAGGGGCCUUUACCAUUAUGUAUAUAACUGGCUAUUGUAGCAAAGUUUACGCAAAGAGUAAC